AUGAAGAUUACAGCUCUCCUCUUUACCCUUAUGGCUGCCACCGCCGUGAGUGCUUCCACGCUUGCUGUACGAGAUCUCUGUGGUGGCAAUGCUGGUGCCGACCAAAGACGUACCAAUAGCCCUUGCAAAUCCGGAAACGGAGAUAGAAACUUCUGCGGCUGUGACCGAACCGGUGUGGUCGAGUGCCGCGGUGGUACAUGGACGGAGAUUCAGGAUUGUGGCCGCAGCUCAUGCCGCGGUGGCAACCAGGGAGGAGCCGUGUGUUAA